GGAUGUGGGCAGCCCUGCCUUAGUAGGAGGGAGGCGCCGGUUGCCCGGAUGUUCCUCUCGCUCCAGCAGCGGCUGAGGCUCGGUCAGAACCGGGGCGAGCGAAGCUGAUGGAUCCAAUAUGGCUGCCCUGAUGGCCCUCAGGAGAGAGUGAGACAGGCCUAGACGGCAAAGCCCGGCCCUGAGCAGGAGGGGGAAGGCGGGGAGGUGGGCUUGAGGUCUGUCUUGGGGAGGGCGUGUAGAAGGAAAGGGGGGCAGACGGCUAAGGGAAAGGGAGGAGACAGCCCACCCACCCACCCACCCCCCGGCUUGGCCAGGCCACCCUCUCCUCCCUGAAGAAGGGGGUGGAGGGCGCAGAAGAGAAUUCUGAACUGGGGGGGGGGGAUACCCCUCGAAAAGUUAACCAUCUUCUCUUCAGCUUGCUUCAGGAGAUUCUUGGGGCUCUAGAGAGAGAAUUCGCAGCUAGUAGGGGGAAGGAGAAGCAGCCCCCCUACCUUGUCACUGCUGUCACUUUCCCAUCCACUUGGGCCAGCAUCCAAGGAAGUGAGGUUAACAGAAGAGGAGAUACCAUUGGAGGGGGAGAGGAAAGACAGCCACCUUCACUUUAAAAGUUAUCCCCCAUCUCUUCUGUUUGCUUUGUGGAGGGGAGGCUGACAAACAGAAGGAUCUCUGUUUGGAAAAGGAGUAGGCGCUAGUGAGGGUAGGUGGAUGGAUGGUGCUGAUUGCCCUGGACCCUCCUUGGGGACAGCAUUAGGGUAGAAGGGCUUGUAAGCGCUGAGCAGGCAGAUUGUAGAAUCUGGGCCAAGCCCUAGGAAACACUGCACUCUGUGUUUGUGUGGUUUUCCCCACGCUUGUGAUAAUUAAUCUUGUUGGUCUUGAAUUUUUUCUUAUUAGACAGAAGGGAGGGCAAAGGCAGGAAAAGAGAAGGUGGAGGUGGCAUUGCGAGGGCACUAUAGGUGAUAAUUACAGGCCUUAAAAUGCCGCCUUUUGAAAUCUGCCUGUUCCUCUCGGUGUUUCAAAUAAACAAGCCUAACAUCCCACUCAUGUGCAUGCUUACUCGGAAGUGAAUCCCACUUUAUUAGUGGCGAUUGCGCCCUGGUAAGUGUACAUAAGAUUGCAGCCUAAGUUUUCCUUGCAACGGAAUGGGAGAUGAAGAAAAUAGGUAAAGCGAAGUGGGCUAGAGACUUUAUACCUUUACAUUUGGCCCUCUGGGUGCUGCUGCCUGUGCGAGAUUGGAUCUAAGCCUGGCCAAGAGGGACACUUGGAAGUUCAAGAGGAUCUAAGGAGCCAUUCCCGCCCCAAUUCUCAAGGAAGCUGGGUGGCCCAACCUGGGCCCGGCAGUCACGCAAGAUGGCCGCCUUGAAACGGAACCGGGAGCAAGCCUGGCCGGAGGAAGAGGGCGACCGGGAGCACGGUCUCUACAGCUUGCACCGCAUGUUCGACAUUGUGGGCACCCACCUGACCCACCGGGACGUGCGGGUCCUGUCGUUCCUCUUCGUGGACGUGAUCGACGACUACGAACGGGGGAUGAUCCGCAGCGGCCGGGACUUUCUGCUGGCACUGGAGAGGCAGGGCCGCUGCGAUGAGACCAACUUCCGCCAGGUGUUGCAGCUGCUGAGAAUCAUCACCCGCCACGACUUGUUGCCCUACGUCACUUUGAAGAGGAGGAGGGCCGUGUGUCCAGAUCUCGUAGACAAGUACCUCGAAGAGACUUCCAUUCGCUAUGUGACGCCACGUGCGCAGACUAGUGUGGAACAUACUCCUGCUCACCAACACAAAUCAGUGCCUCCCCAGCACCCGCUGGUCUGCUGCUCCUCUUCAGGUCCCCAGAUUUGUGCAAAGAGGUCUGGCCGGGGAAGAGCGCUCCUGGGUAGCCAGCGGAAAAGGAGGAAGUCGGUGACACCAGACCCUAAAGACAAACAGACGUGUGACAUCCGCCUCCGGGUGCGAGCGGAGUACUGCCAGCACGAGACAGCCCUGGAGGGGAACAUCUUCUCCAACAAGCAGGACCCCCUCGAGCGGCAGUUUGAGCGCUUUAGCCAGGCCAACACCAUCUUGAAAUCCCGGGACCUGGGCUCGAUCAUCUGUGACAUAAAGUUCUCGGAGCUCACUUACCUCGACGCCUUCUGGCGCGACUACAUCAACGGCUCGCUGCUGGAGGCCCUGAAAGGCGUCUUUAUCACGGACUCGCUCAAGCAAGCGGUGGGCCACGAGGCCAUCAAGCUCCUGGUCAACGUGGACGAAGAGGAUUAUGAGGUGGGCCGCCAGAAACUCCUGAGGAACUUGAUGCUCCAGAUGGCUCCUUGAACCCGCCUUCCCCUUUUUUUUCUGAUCUGCCUCUUCUUUGAAAUGGAAUCGGAGGGUUUUUUUCCCUAAAAAAAAAGGGGGGGGUAUUCUAUUAAGGAAUCUGAUCCUGAGCAACUCUGAGACCUGCCAAUGUGGAAAUGGAUACAGUUGAUCUCCUCCCUCCCUCUGGUUGGGAACCAAAACGGGAGGCAGGAAACGUUCUGAGAAGUUGGUCCCGGGCCUCUCUUGGAGGCGGCCAUUACCUACAGCCCAGGAAAGCAUUUCUGACUGCUGCCUGGAAGCUCCCCAGUCUGUUGUCCUUCCUUAUCAUGUCCUCUCUUGUGCUGUCUACUUCUACUAUUUUUUUUCUUUUGGGGAGUAUUGUCUGUCUCCAACCCUUUCGGCGCACUUAGCCAUUGCCCAGAAAAAUUUAAGUGGGUGUAGCCUAACCCAGAAAACGAGACAACCCGUCUCUUUAUAUUUAAAAAGAAUUGAACCCCAACAUAGCUGUUCUUGUCAGGGGAGCAUCUCAUGCCAGUGUUUUGUUUCGAAGCUGUGAGUUUGCGGGGAGGGGGGUGGGGGCGGGAUGCAGAGAGGGUGAGGAAUUUGGUGUCUUGGGAGUCCAGGAACCGGAAAGACGCUCUUAAUUUAAACCAAAUCUGUCCACCCCUCUCCACAGUGUAGCAUUGUGUUUAAGACGGCGGAGGGCUCUGCCGGUUGGAUUCAUGAACAAUUAUGCAGUUGCGUUUGGGGGGAUGUCGUCUCUGGGAAGGAAGUAGCUCAUUCGUGGAAUGCAUGAGGGUCAGUUGUGCAAGACGGUGAAGAGACCUUUCGAUCUCGGGUCUUGUCAUCUUUGAAAUCGGCUCUACUGGCAGAGGGAUGUCCAUAUUUGAGACAAGGAUGCUUAUUUGGGGUUGUGCUCCUGCAGUCCCUCCAAACCUGGCUAGCUGAACUAAAUUGAAAAGGGCCCCAGGUAUUCUCCCUUCACACCCCCUGCACCUAGCACUUACCUUUGACCAGGUGUCCCGAGCGGGGAGAUCUGUCGGGCCCCUCUCUGAUCCACUGUGUGUGCCUUUCCCUCGACCCUUUUUGGUCAGAGGGAGCAUCUGCCUCCAAAGAUGACAGAGAAAGGAAUGCUCCCUGGGAUCUUCUUCCUCUCCCCUCCGGAACCUCAUGGACCAUCUCAGCUGUCCCCUGCCUCCAAGAGGCAGCUGGGCUUACGAGAACAGGGGAAAGAAGGGGUGUGUGCCAUUUGCGAAUGGUCCUGUCAGACCAAAGGCAGGAAGGCAAGAAAUCCCGGUCUGAAAAUCCCCGCAGCUGGAUCAUCCGGUCUUCUCCGUGCUCUUUCACUCCCCCUUUCCCCCAGAAGAGUCCCGUCAGCCACUUUCCACGCCUGGAUUGGGCAGUGGCCUGGCUCUCUCUGAAGGGCUUUGGGAGCAAAUCAAAAAGUUCUGUUUGGGGUGGGGGUUGUGGGGGGAAACAAGGGGAAACAGGUGGCUCUUCGUUUCCCAACUUCUAUCCUGUUGGUGCUGCUGAGCACCACGUCAGCCGCUUCCCAUCCUGCUUAUGUUUCACGCUGAAAUUUUUUAAAAGGCUGUUGGAGCUUCCCCCAGGAGGAGCGGGAAGAGCCUCAGGAUAAGCCCCCUCAGCCGAGUGCUGAGGUGAGAGAGGGGAAAGAUAAAGGCAGACUGCGUCCUGGGCAGGGCCGACACGUCAGGGUGGUAAAAGCUCAACGGAGCUAUUGGGUCCCCUGCACAGACCGUUUUGGGAGAACUAAAGGGCACUUUUAUGUUUCGGUAAUGCUGAUGUGUUGGGCUUACCUCUUCCCUGUCCAAAAUAUACAAAUAUAUUAUCUCUUUCUCACUUCCUGCUGGUACGCUGAGACUCCUUUCCUGCUAGUUUCGGGAGAGAAUUGCUUCGGACUCCAGUCCCAGAGAAGGGGGAUGCCAACGCUUAACAAAAAUAACGUGAAGUUGUGGCGGUGGGAAGGGAGCAAGAAUGAGAAUCUGAGUCCAUCUCGAUGUGGGAUGUUUGAUUUUAAAAUCAGCUUUGUUUCGGAACGUUCCUUUCUGUUUGUCGUCUGUGUGUCUCUUGCGUUGGUUUUUUUCUGGAUCACAUUAAUCCGGAAACAGCUGAAGCGACCUUCUGUUUGGGAGGCUACUCGAGAGAGAGUUGCUGGGAUGUCCAGCAUCUGUUCUAAACGUGCUGUCACUGGGCAAAGAUCUUCUGUGGGUCUCUUCCCCCCCUCCUCUCCCCACCGUGCCACCAAAGCCUUCUUCCAUUUGGUACAAAUGGGUAGUUUUCUACUUCCUGGUUAAUGAGUAGGCGAGUUCCACCUAAGCGUGGCACCGAAUGGGGAUUCCAACUGAGGGCCAGUUUACAUGGUAAAGGGGGGGCAAACGGCACAUUUCCCUGGACAGUACCAUUUCCACACCACACCCCUGCAGGGGGAGAAUCAAGCACUUAAUUGUUUCCCCCAUGAAAAGCUCCUUGCACGCAAAAAAGAACAGGGGCACUUUAGUUUCUUGUGCUUUGUGAUUCUACUCCCCUCCCCCCUCUGGGUCAUGUUUACUGUGAACCUAUCAGGCAUAUCUUUUUAAUUUUUUUAAGGCUAAAAAAGUGGACUUACGGCAAAGGUUCCAGGUUACCCAUCUCCUUGCCAGGCCAGGCAUUUGUGUGGCAAGCAUUCAAACCAGGCCAACCCCAGCCCCUGCCGCUCAGAUUGGUAAAAUCCAGGGAAAGCGUUACUGCAUUGCUGGCCGCAUACACCUAGCCCCAUACCACCUUUCUCCCAGCAAGCUGGAAAAAAAAAAAGCAAAGAGGCAGCCGCCUCCUGGCUUUGGGUCAAAUCGUGACCUUUGUGGAAGCACCUGGCGACUCUUAGCGUUCUCGAGGGUAUUUCAGCCAAGUGUGCAAAAGCGCCCCCCGUGUGCACACGGGCACACACGCGUACACACAAUUACUCCUGUCAAUUCUGGCACAACUUUGUGGGGGGGAAAAAAAUCCAUGGCUUCUGUAUUUUUUUAAAAAAAGGAACUUCCAGUAUAACUGGUCAUAAUCCCAGUGUAGCUUUGUUUUCUCAAAAUAAAAAAAAACAACAACUCUGCCUUUUA